AUGCGCACGCAUCGAGGCUGGGCGUCGCCCCAGCUCCUCGUACUUCUGGCAAUGGUGCUCUCCUUUGCCGCUCCGAUGGACCUUCCCCCCUUUGGCGAUGCGGCCAACAACCUCGCUUCAAACUUUGCCAACGUCGGCUGGUCCAGCCUGGCGCAGCAGACGGGGGCACAUCCCUCCGAGCGCUUCGUUCAGCACGCUCCCUCGCACAUGGGCGGCCCGGCGAUGGCCGAGGAGCACGACGACGACUUUUUCCGACGUCUCGACGACUACGACCUGUCGCAACACCAAGAUUUGAUCGACGAACUCGAAGGCACGACUGGAGGACAUGCCAGCGGGUCGUCAUACUGGUACCCGGGCCAAGACGCAGGUCACCACGGGAUGUCGUACCACCCUCCGUAUGUCGGUCAGCCUAUCGGGCAUCAUUUCGGCGGCUCGCACUCGGGGCAAGCGCUACCUUACACCUCGGGAGCUGCUCAAGAGGAGGACGAGGCAUUCUACCAGCUCCUCCAAGAUUAUGAUCCCUCGCAGCACCGUGACCUGUUCGACGACAGCCGAGGUAUGACUGGAGGACCCACGGGGGGCGCUUCGUCAACCUCGAAGCCAGCCGGGGCCGAAGCGGGCUAUGCCGUCUUCGACUUUGCAUUCGGCAAUCCAGUCAUGUACGCCGGGAUCAAGCUCGAGUUGCUGGAACGACUGGAACGACUGAGGCCCAACAACGUCGCCACCCUCGCGGAACUCGAUGCUCUCAUUCCCUCCGUACAAGCCGACGAGUCGAUGCGCACACGGGCCAUCAAGAUGCGGCUCCGCGACGUGUACACGAGGAGGACGGAACUCCGUCAGACCAACACCCGCGCGUCGCCUCUGCUCAAGGACAUCGACUGGCCAGGUUACACCGUCAGCUUCCACCUCAACACGGACGCCAUGGCAGCGAGGAGGGAGGAGGCAGGCGGGAAACUCUUCUUCCGCAUCUUUCGCGCGGUGGCCAUCCCUCGAGAGCGCAUCGGGAACACAAAGAGCGUGCUGUACAUCGCCGACUUUGAAGUGCCCUGGGACUUGACUUGA